UUUCUUUCAGGAAGUGGGUAUGGUGUGCUUCCUAGAUCGGAAUGCCCAGAUGCUGCGAAGUAUGGUACUGGACCGCCGCCCAAUUGUGUUAAACCAUCUGAUCCUAAUCAUUUGCCAUCAUCACCUUUAGAAAAAUGGUUCAUAAAGGCAACGUUCGAAGAUCUGUUCCCCUUCGCUAACAUUGGUUGGGGACCGCAUCCGUGUUCACCCUACUCAUAUGAGGCGUUCGUGAUUGCAGCCAGAUACUUUCCAAAAUUCGGGACGAGUAGUCCGAAUACAGUCUUCAAUGAGACGGAAAAUACUCGAAGAGAUCUAGCCGCGUUUUUUGCACAUGCCAUACAAGAGACAGGAGAGAAUAAUCUAGCACUAUACAGCGGUAAUCGAUCAGAGAAGGAAGCAACUGAUUGCUUCUAUCGUGGUGGUCUCUACAAUUGGUUUGAAGGUGGUCCAAUAUCUUCGUUCAUCGAUCCGAGUUUGCAAGGUUUCAGCCCAAGUGAUGGUGAUAAGUGCAGCGAAGCCGGUCGGUAUUGCUCUGAAUCUACGGAUGUCGACUAUUUUUAUCCUUGCUCUAAGAAUCGGACAGGCAAUUUCUUCAGAGGAUGCUACUUUGGCAGAGGCGCUAUGCAGAUUAUGACAAAAACUGAUCCUCCACUGGCACUCUUAGCAUCGUUAUGGUACUAUAUGACACCUCAACCACCAAAACCAGCUAUGCAUGACAUUGUUAUGGGCACAUGGAACAGCGGUGAAGAAAAUGCUGCAGCUGGUUAUACUGGGCCCAUUUUUGGACCUACAAGUUUGGUAAUCAACAAUGAGUGCAGCGGAGAAGACAGAAAAGAACCAGGAGGGCCUGGAGAAUCACGACGUAUAAAAGCCUUUAAGUGGCUAUGUUCCUACUUCGGAGUGCCUGUGGGUGAUGAGAGUCUGCUCAGCUGUAAAAAUAUGCCAGUUAAAUUCGAAUCAUUGCGCUACAACUACAGUUAUCAACCAGACUGGCGCACAAUUUGGAAAGAACAGCCGUGUGAUUGCGUACCAGCUCCAUAUGGAGGUGAUCUAGUUGAAGUUGAAAGACUACUUUGUUCAUCUUUUCUUUCAGGAAGUGGACAUGGUGUGAUACCUCGAUCACAGUGCCCAGAUGCCACAAAGUAUGGCACUGGGCCGCCGUCAAGUUGUGUAAUGCCGUCCGAUCCUAAUAAUCUGUCACCAUCAUCGUUAGAGCAGUGGUUCACAAAGGAGGUGUUCGAGGAUCUGUUCCCCUUCGCUAACAUUGGUUGGGGACCGCAUCCGUGUUCACCCUACUCAUAUGAGGCGUUUGUGAUUGCAGCCAGAUACUUUCCAAAAUUCGGGACGAGUAGUCCGAAUACAGUCUUCAAUGAGACGGAAAAUACUCGAAGAGAUCUAUCGGCGUUUUUUGCACAUGCCAUACAAGAGACAGGAGAGAAUAAUGCAGCAUUAUAUAGGGAUAAUCGAUCGGAAAAGGAAGCGACUGAUUGCUUCUAUCGCGGUGGUCUCUACAAUUGGUUUGAAGGUGGUCCAAUAUCUUCGUUCAUCGAUCCGAGUUUGCAAGGUUUCAGUCCAAGCGACGGCGAUAAGUGUAUUGCACAUGGGCGGUACUGCAUAGAAUCACCGGAAAUCGAUUUCUUUUACCCUUGCUCAAAAAAUCGAACAAGCAACUUCUUUGCGGGAUGCUACUUUGGAAGAGGGGCUAUACAGAUCUCGUACAACUACAACUAUGGACAAUUCAUGGAUUUUCUGAAAUCAAAAAAUGUUCACGUGGAUCUUCUUAACGAACCAAAUUUGGUUAUGACAAAAACUAACCCUCCAUUGGCACUCUUAGCAUCAUUAUGGUUCUACAUGACACCGCAACCACCAAAACCAGCAAUGCAUGACAUCGUUAUGGGCAUUUCGGGCACAUGGAAUAGCGGUGAUGUAAAUGCUGCUGCUGGUUACACAGGGCCUAUUUUUGGACCUACAAGUUUGAUAAUCAACAACGAGUGCAGUGGAGAAGACAAAGAAGAACCAGGAGGUGGCGGGGAAUCACGUCGUAUCAAAGCCUUUAAAUGGCUCUGUUCAUACUUCGGAGUGCCUGCCGGUGAUGACAGGCUGCUCAGCUGUAAAAAUAUGCCAAUUAGGCUCCAAUCACUGCGUUACAACCACAGUUACCAUCCUGAUUGGAGCACAACGUGGAAAGAACAACCGUGUGAUUGUGUACCUGCUCCAUAUGGAGGUUUGAUACCAUACUUUGAACCCGAACACUAUCCAGAAGAGUUUGUGUUGAUGAAUAAGGACAACAAGCUUAAAUGUGUCGCCAGCAUCUAUGCGAACCCAUCUAUGUAUGGUCUUACAAAUGCUACUGCAACUUGCUUGGCUUUCUGA